AUGAACUUGCUGAGGGAGUUCCACCUCUCCCUGUUGGUCUUCCUGCUGCUUGUGUGUGGCUUCCUCUAUCAGUUCAACCUGAAGUCCAGCAGCCUCUUCUCCUACCUACAUUCCUACAAUAAGCCCCAGCAGGGACUAGAAGCCAUUCUGAGCCAGGGGCAUGGCAUAGUGUUCCUAGAGACCUCAGAGAGAAUGGAGCCAUCCUUACUGGCCUCUUGUGCUGUGGAGUCUGCUGCCAAGGUUUAUCCUGAGCAUCCUGUGGUAUUGCUUAUGAAGGGGCUCAACAAUUCCACACAGCUGCCCCCAAACUCCAGUGAUUCAGCCUUUUCUGUCCUCUCAGCAAUGGACAAUGUUUUCUUCUUCCCAUUGGAUAUGAAAAGACUGUUUGAAGACACACCAUUGUCUUUGUGGUUUGCUGGUGUCAAUGUCAGCACACAGAGCAACUGGCUUCACGUCAGCUCAGACGCCUGUCGCCUGGCCAUCAUCUGGAAGUAUGGCGGCAUCUACAUGGACACUGAUGUCAUAUCUAUCAGACCCAUUCCUGAACAAAACUUUUUGGCUGCACAGUCUUCUCGAUUCUCUAGCAAUGGAGUGUUUGGAUUCCUCCCGCAGCACCCCUUCUUGUGGGAGUGCAUGGAAAACUUUGUUGAACACUACAAUUCACGUAUCUGGGGCAAACAGGGCCCUGAUUUGCUGACAAGGAUGUUGAAAAUAUGGUGCACACUUACAGAUUUCCAGGAUGUGAGUGACCUGAAGUGCUCCAAUUUGUCCUUUCUACACCCUGAAAGAUUUUACCCCAUCUCCUAUAGGCAGUGGAUGCGUUACUAUGAAGUCUGGGACACAGACCCAAGCUUCAACAACUCUUAUGCCUUGCAUCUGUGGAACUACAUGAACCAGAAGGGGAAGACUGUGGUAAAAGGAAGUAACACACUGGUGGAAAAUCUCUACCGUAAGUACUGUCCCAGGACUUACAGAGACCUGAUUAAAGGCCCAGAUGUGUCGGUGACUGGAGAAAUGGGCCCAGGUGAAAAAUAG